AUGAGAGUGCUUUGUGUUCAAGUAGUGGUUUAUCCAUUAUGUAGCAGUGUGAACUGUGUGUUCUUGUGCUUCCGUGUUCUGUUUGCCUCGAUUGAGUUCUUGCACGCGUUUGUUUGCUCCUCCUCCUUUUUUUUUUUUUGUUUUGCUUGCUGUUCUCGCUUGCAAGAGCUUCUUACCUCCACAUCAUCAUCGCCCUUGUGCGUGUGUCGCGUGCGUUGUUCUUUGCACUCUUUGUUUCUUCGUUGUAAGCCUAGAGGCUCCUCCGUCUUCUUUCGUUACGAAUUCGCUCCAAGUGCACAAAAUCAUAGUGCACGCACCAUGUUGUCUUCGACACAUUUGUUCCAUGGUCUUUGGUUCAAUUUGAAAGGGAACCCCAACACGUGCUACCCACCAUCACAACUUAGUUAA